AUGGAUGUGUCUAAGGAGAUCGCUUUGGUGUUUGUCGUCUACAUUAUGGGGAUCAAGGCAGUGCCACCAGAGGCGUGUUUCGCGAAUUUUAGGUGGGAAGACUGCGGUCAAACGCCAGUUCCAGUCAUGUAUUACUGGAAGCCGGGGUCGCGGUGCGAGGUGGGAUUCUGGCGGGGCUGCUUGCCGAACCCCAACAUGUUUAGGGACGAGUACGAGUGCGUCGCCACGUGCAUAUUCGCCGCAAGGGCCGGCGACGAGGACUAUCACAAGAUUUACGGUUCAGAUGAACAGGAACUCAGCACGGUCCAAACGACCGUCACCACUGUCGACGACAACUAUACGGAUACCACUACCGGGGAAAGCGUCGUUACCACAGACGGUACUGGCAGCACUGCUGCAACAGUAGUCGGUGGUGAUACAAAAGCGACGGAUUACACCCACAGCGAGGCCACCGGUGAGACGAAUGCCGUCACAGCGGAAACAGCGAUGACAACU